UGGGGACGUUUUGAACAGAUGUGAGAUGUCACGUUAUUUUAUAACGUCAGAAGUGUCAAUUAGUCAGAAAGUGCGCUCUGUUCCAGUGAUAGCGAGAGCACGGAGUAAUCGACGAGACAUUUAAUACGCGCAGCUUGCUUCGGGCAGCAACUGUCAGAGAUGUUAUCCGCGAUCGUCAAGGAACACCAGAGCAAGCAAGUGGCGAGAAAAGAGAGGCAGGAGCAAAAGCGAAAAGAUGCCGUCCAGGCUGCGAGCAACUUGACGCAAGCCCUCGUCGAUCACCUGAAUGUUGGGGUAGCUCAAGCGUACUUGAAUCAGAAGAAGCUGGAUGCGGAAGCAAAGCAACUGCAACACAGUGCGACGAAUUUCGCCAAGCAAACGCAAUUGUGGUUGAAUUUGGUGGAAUCCUUCUCGAGCUCUUUAAAAGAAAUCGGGGAUGCGGAAAAUUGGGCGCGCAGUAUAGAAGGAGACAUGAGAACGAUAGCCACUGCUUUGGAGUACUCGUAUAAAGCCACGCAAGAGAAUCAAAGUGCUGGUAAUGUUUAAGGAAAUCAGUGUGUGCAAGCGGAACAUUGUUUCCUCUUGUGAGCAUAUAAUGUGAUUAUCAUGAGCUGAUGUGAAAAUUUCUCCUAAUAAUUUCAUAAUGUGAAAAUUUAUGUUAAGAUGUAGAGUUAGCGCAAUUUAAGUUAUCAAAGGAAAAAACUUUUGUACAUAAUUUUUUAUAAAGUUAAAUAGAUAUGGACUUAAUGUCUUAUUUUAAUUUAAAAAAA